UGAAGUUCCUUCGCCAUUAGGUUUUCAAAAUUUCAACCCGACCUUCUUGACGGCUCAAUUGCAUAACUGUGCCAGAUUGAUAAUGAGAAAUGAAUAAAUUAAUUCUGAGACGAAACUGAAAGCCAUGGUCAGUUUUCAAAAUCAAGAUUUUUGAUUUGUUCUGAUCUCCGACGGUGAGUCUUUUGGUAAGAAAACCAUUAUGGCAUUUGUUCAGUUAUUGGUUAAUCAAGUUUCAAGGAAAAGGAUCGAGGACUUCAAAGUAAAUAUUCGCAGAAUCAGCCGAAGAUUCUGUGUGCGUGAGUAGGUGUUAGAAAGCUUGGAUAAUGGUGGAAAACGGUACGUGAUGACUUAUUUGUAUUGAACAAUAUACGAUUCAAGAAUCUGUUCAUGCCUGGUCCUGAGAGAAGCAGUUGCUCUUGAUAAUUUUUUCAUAAGUCUCGAUUUCCCCAGAGGAGGUUCGAACAUCUCGCUACACGACCGAUAACAAAACAACUACAGAGCGAACGAAAUAAAACAAACGAACAACAAAUGGAAAACAAGCAUAGCAACCUGCAUGUAAUUCUUCUGAACAGAUGCAUGUAAAUAUUGUAAGUUAUACGGCUGGAUGUAAUGUACAAUAUAGAGGCAUUUUAUUGGUUACCGAUAGUAUCGUCUGAAAAAUUUUUCAAGUAAGGAUUGUAUUUGUUCUUUCAACAGCGUAGCAAAGCUUUUAUUUUUCGGUUAUUCCAGGCUAGGCUGCAUCAUAUGCGCGCUCCAUUUCGGCUGACUUAGUUGAUGCGAACUGAGAAAAAUAUCUCGCAACCAGAUUCACUCAUGCAAUCACGGUUUCCAGUUGAUGUAUUGCAUUUGUAAAUCUUUGCAUUUAAUCAAGGUAGUGAUACUGAUAAUAAUAAAUUUGAUAUUUAUGACAAACAAAAUUAAGAAGUUAUCGGGAAAGUUAUCACAAAGUACAGAGAUAUUUUCAAUCAAUUAAAAUUUCGUCAUUAAAUCACUCAUACGUAGAUUCCCUUUGUUUCUCCAAAUGAAAAUCUUUGCAUUUAAUCAAGUUAACGCUGCAUGCACCAGUAUCACGAAGGUCGUGGGUUCAAAUCACGUACAGGCCUUAUUUUCACCACUGCUGAAUAAUAACAGUAGUAAUAAUAAUAAAUUUAAUACUUAUAACGCGCACAUAUUCAUCUAUAUAUGCUUAUAUGUGUAGUAACACAGAAUGUGACUGGUGUUUUAUUUUAAACCAUUUUGUUUCCUGCAGAUUCUCACCUGAAAAGGGCAAUGUUUCCAUUUCGUAUCAGACGGCGCAAAUUUAAGACUCGAAUGCUUUCUUGUUUUCUGGUCCUAUCCACGGUCCUAACCUUCUGGAUUGCUCGACAAGAAGUAAAAAACUCACAUGAGAAAAAUCAAUUGGUAAGUCAGUAUAACUCUUCAACUCCAAUAUAUUUCCUUGGUUUCUCUUAACAAGAAAGACAAAAGCUUACAAUCCAAUCGAGUCAAUUUCACUUUUAGAUGCAAGUUAAAAAUCAUAGCUACCUUCGAGUUUAAAAAAAAAAUGUGUUUUUUGCAUUUAGGUUCAAAAAGCAUGUACAUACAACUGUCAGUACCUACCCUUUUCUCCUAGAAUGGAUACUAAGAGACCAAAACAGCAUACAAACUGCCAGCCCCCUGACUAUUUAGUUUUUUUUUAAAAAAAAUCUAUGAUAGGAAAUUCUCUUCCAAUCGCCCCUCACCUCACAAAUAAUAGAUUUACUUGCACGGAAGAAGCAGGAAUCAAAUCGGUUGCCACAUCCCCUGACUAUGACACCACAGUCCUCAGAGCCAAUAGCAUUCAACGUAGACAUCGAUCGGCUGUUAUCCCUUUCCUUGUCGAGUUAAGUAAUACCCGUCAACCAUGAGUUGGGUACUAAUCUCUUACCCAGAUCCUACCGUGUAAAUACAACUAAGCGCUUGGCUGGGAAAUGUCUGGGCUCGAGUUCGAGACUAGUUGGAUACCAACAAUGGGUAUUGGUGAACUGUCAGGGAUGCCUGAUGAAAUGCUGGUGUUAAGGGGGGUGGGGGGGGAGUCAACUUGCGAUUAACAGGCAUCCCAUCCGGGGCGCGAAGUCAUUCUCUUGGUCGCUUCAUGCUUUGGAAACCGGGAUGAGCUCCCGUUGAAUGGAUUACUACGCUCGAGUACAGACAGCGAAAGAGUUUACUUCUACACACUAAUAUGGAAAAACAUAUGAUAAGGCGGCAAGAAAUUUAACUAAGUUUAAUGUGUACGUCAUGAGAGUAUAUAGACACUUCAAAACUAUGACUAACAUCUAGUUUUGUUUUGUUUUUGUUGUUUUUUUCAUCACGAUUUUAGAAAAAAGACUGGAAUAAAUGUGUAGCGAAGAUCCAAAGUGAUCCUUCAAUCGAGCUUGGCAAUACAACUUUGAUUAGUGAUGAUGACAUCAUUUACCAAACAUACAGGACUAAAGAGUGUACCUCCAUAGUCCAGCAACAAUUUAGCCACCCUGCACCUACUCAGUCAGAACUUGAAUUUCCAAUAGCUUUCACGAUCUCCGUGUACAAAUCAGCCUCGCUCUUAGAGAAACUCCUUCAAGCCAUUUACAUGCCUCAAAACCUAUACUGCAUUCACAUUGACUUGAAGUCUACACCAACUUUCUGUGCAGCGGCAACGGAGUUGAUUCGAUGCUUACCGAAUGUACUAUUGGCGAAGAAAAGCGUCGAUGUCAUUUAUCCGCAUAUCAGUAUCUUAUACGCGCAGUUCAAUUGUAUGGAGGACUUGCUCAACACUGGCAAAGACUGGAAGUAUCUGAUUAACCUCGUUGGCCAGGAUUUCCCUCUUUAUAACAAUCGAGAACUAGUGCGCGCCUUACGCGCGCUAAACGGUAAAAACAAUAUUCAAAGCUUUCACCAUCCUGACUUAAAACGUCGCACGCAGUAUGCAUACGAGUUCAAAAGACAAAUGCAAGGCUCAGACCACAAAGCAUACAAACCUGUCAAGACAUCUCGAAAGAAAAAACCACCACCCUACAACAUCACACUUUUUAAGGGUGCAAACCACGUCGGGCUUACAAAAGGAUUUGUGGAGUAUAUCGUAUUUAACCAGACUGCUCGCGAUUUUAUUGAGUGGCUCUCAGAUACAAGGAGUCCACCGGAAACUUUCUACUCUUCUUUACAACAACACCCCGGAGUUCCAGGGGGUGUCAUUGGCUUGCAGCCCGCGUUUAUUAUGCGUGCUAUUGAUUGGUUUGACAAAGACAAAAAUGAGGCGAACUAUAAAUGCCAUGGAAAAUGGGUGCGGCAAAUAUGUUGGUUAAGUGUUCGCGAUUUACGUUGGGUUCUAGGCUGGAACAAGCGCAACAUGUUGUUUGUUCAGAAGAUACCAUUUGAUGUCAGCGAAGAUCUAUUGCGUUGUUUAUCAAUCGCUCGGGAACUUAGAGUUUAUGGAAGUUAUUUUUUCGCGACAGGGAUGAAUUCCUCAGACCCGUCGUAUCUAAGUUGGAAUGUUGACCAAGAGGUGAUAAACGUCAUGAAUCAAUAAUUACUAAGAA